AAUAUAUUAAUUUCUAUAUUUCAAAUUGUAAAUGCAUUAUUGUGAAAACGAUAUAAAUGAUAUAAUGGCGUAGGUAUGAAGCAGCAGGAUGUAGCUUCUUCAGUGUCACAACCAUUGCAAAAACAUGGAAGAAGAAGAAGCCACUUCACAUGAUGAGAGUAACGAGGAGACAACAGUAUGUGCUGGAUGCAUGAACGUCAUCGACGAAGACGAGUUCUUCUCAGCACUCGGGCAAGAUUGGCAUACUGAUUGUUUUAGAUGUAGUGCUUGUGAUGUAACUCUCAGCAGCUGGUACUUUGAGAAGGAUGGUUUACUUUUUUGUAAAAAUGAUUAUUGGAAGAAGUAUGGGGAAGCCUGUCAAGAUUGUGGUCAGAUCAUCACUGGUCCAGUCAUGGUUGCAGGCGAUCACAAAUUUCAUCCAGAAUGCUUCAUAUGUACCUCAUGCUCAGUAUUUAUUGGUGAUGGGGAGUCAUAUGCUCUUGUUGAGAGAUCUAAAUUAUACUGUGGAUUGUGUUACAAGAGGCAGAUGCAGCCUUUGAACAAGUCUACAUCGUUCACAAAGAUACCUCACAGUAUACAACUUAUUGAGUUACCAGCAAAGUCGGAUAAUCAGAGAAGAAUCAAGCUUAGCGUUGACUCGAGAAAGGGCUUCCCUCUGGCAGGACUCAGUAAUUAUAGAGGCCUACGUAUUGCAGAUGUUCCAUCCCUCAAAGAAAGAUUACAACAACUGGACUCAGCAGCAGACUUGAUGUCUCUGCACGUUGGAGAUCGAAUACUUGAAGUGAAUGGGAGACCUGUUGAGGAUCAUUGUAUUGGUGACAUUGAAAAUCUUAUUACUUCCUCUCAGGAUGUGUUGCAGUUAACCAUUGAACAUGAUCCUGAGCAAGUAUCUACCAGACGACAGAGCUUUCCCUUUGUCUCACCUUGUCGUAAUAUAUCUCCGGUUCAUGACCCGCAGCAAAAAGAAGGUUUGAGAGAGCGUCUUUUUAAGCGAAGAGAUGAAGGUUAUGUAUCUGGUACACAACGCAGUCGUCAGCUAAGACGAGGACGAGGGUGUAAAGAGAGAGCAUCCUCACUUCCUAAGCUAUUAGACAAUGACUAUUCUCGGGAAUCUGGCUACUAUGACCUGAGCCGAACUAAGUCAUUCCGUGUAGAGCCAAAGAAUCAUCGAAUCUUCCGUGCAUCUGAUCUCACUCAGGGAGAACUUCUUGGCAAAGGUUUCUUUGGACAGGUUUACAAAAUGACACACUCAGAAACAGGGGAGGUUAUGGUGUUGAAGGAGCUGUACAGAGUAGAUGAACAAGCCCAGAAAAAUUUUCUUAAGGAGGUUGCAGUCCUAAGAAGUUUAAGUCACAAGAAUGUCUUGAGAUUUAUAGGGGUAUUAUACAAGGACCGUAAACUUCACCUGCUCACUGAAUAUAUUAGUGGAGGAACGUUAAAGGAAAUUAUCCAUAACCUAGAAGAGACUUUACCUUGGGAUCAACGAAUUAGUUUUGCUAAAGACAUAGCCUCAGGCAUGGCAUACCUACAUAAUUGUGAUAUUAUUCAUAGAGAUCUUAACUCCAACAACUGCCUAGUCAGAGAAGAUAAAAGGGUUGUUGUUGCAGACUUUGGUUUGGCAAGAAUUAUGCCACAAAACAAUUGGACAGCUGAAAGGAAAAAAUUUGGAAAAAAAUAUGCAAGAAAAAAGAGAUACACUGUUGUGGGCAACCCCUAUUGGAUGGCACCAGAGAUGAUGAAAGGAAACAAAUAUGACGAGAAGGUGGAUAUCUUCAGUUUUGGUAUCAUUUUAUGUGAGAUUAUUGGGCGAGUUGAAGCAGAUCCUGAUUACAUGCCACGCUCCAUGGAUUUUGGUCUUAAUGAAACAGUCUUUCAUGCUAAAUAUUGCCAAGAUUGUCCUGAACCGUUCUACAAGAUUGCUUUCAUGUGUUGCAAUACCAAUCCAGAUGCCAGACCAGCAUUUGAGAUACUGGAAGUUUGGUUAGAGGGAUUAGCAAUGCAUUUUGCUGUUGGUGUUCCUCUUCCUGCCAAUCUUCUGGCUGACAUAUAUACAUUUAAUGGCCGAAGUAAUAGCAGUUCUUCCGAAGCAUCUACACCCGAAGCUCCAACAUCAGAUUCAAGACACCCUCCACCUCUCUUACGCACUAUAAGUGAAGGGACUUAUUCCACCACUAAUAGUCUAAACCGUGAUUGUUCAUCAUCAUGUGCCAGGAGAGAUCAUAGUAGUUUUGAUACUCAAGAUAUGCUUCUUAAUGAUGCAAGUUGGAAGCUAAGGGAAAGCUUAGAUUUAGGAAAACUAGAUAUUUUGAAGCCAAGUUGGAGUCCUGGUGAAAACCUGGAUGAAACAGAUUCUGUUACAAAAAAUUCUAGUGCAAAGACUGAAGGAAAUUUAGAUAAAGAUUCCAUUCCAGAUACACUGUCGUCUCUCUCUCGGCCACAGGCCAGCAGCUUGGUGGGGGAUGUAGAGUGUACACCACUAUGAUUUUUUUCAUUUUUUUUUAAGAGAUUUGUUAUGUUUGCAAUAAUGUACAGGAAAAUUUGUUGCAAAAAAGUUAAUAAUUUUUUCUAUGGAAUUACAUUGGAAGUAUUUAACAAAAAAUUGGUACAAAGUUGACUUAUAGCAUUCCCAUGAUAGUGAUGUUAGUGGAGUAGAAUUGUAAUCCAUAAGUGGUUAUAAUAAUAAUUAUUUAUCACUGAUGCUGUUUCCCUGUUUGUUGAAAACCCCACAGCAGAUGCUCAUCCUUGGACAGGUGAUGCCUCAUAUGGAAGACCCUCAAGUAUAGAACCCAUGAGGAAGGUAUACCAAGAGAUAUCUGCCUCUCACUUGUUAAACUGCAAGGUAAAAAAAAAAAAAAUCAAAGGUGAAAGUGACUUCUUCCCCCUUUAACAAUGGUGAAAGAGACUUCCUGUCCUUUUAUCAAAUGUGAAAGUGACCUGUCCUUUUAUCAAGUUCCUGUUAGUGUUUUCCUCCUCUGAACAUAGCAUAAUAGGGGACAGCAAUUUCAUAUGCUUUAAUAACUAGAAAACAUUUAUAUUUUCUUUGUGAUAUCUAAAUAAUUAUUUUCCUUAUUGUUAAAGUAAAAUAAUCAUUUGACAGUGUGCCAACUCUUCUCCUUUAAAAACUUCUUCCUUUUCCUAUUCUAAAAUAUAAUGCAAGAAAUUUAAAAUCAUAAAAAAAUAAUACUGACAAUCAAAUUUGGCAAAUCGUUAAAAAUGGUGUAUUGAAAUAGUGAUUUUAUUGUUAAUUGUGCAGGUUACAUUAGUAUAAUAUGACAAACCAUUAUCAAUACGCUUUCAGAUACAAACAUCGUAAUUUUUUAUAUAUUUUAUAAUUAUCUGUAUAUUUAUUUAUUAAUAAUUUAGAGCUAGUAUGAUAAAAAGUAGCCAAGAUAUAAUGUAAUAACGAGAAUGACAACAUAUGACUAGUCUUCAGUAAUUUUAUAUUACUCUAAUGAAAAUUGGUUAGUUUACAGUAAUGUUAAGAUUGAUGAUGCAUGCAAGUAGUGGGCAUGGUAUUGACCUUUGUUCAGAUGGAUUUGUGUGUCUGGGCUGGUUAGAUGUGUGUAGAGCUUGCUCUAGUGAAUGUGAGAGCCAAUCAUUAAUGUAUUAAUUAAUUCUAGAAUUCACCUAAGUUCUGGUUUUGCAUGUUGCAUCAUCUGAUUACACGUAAUCUGAAGAAUAUGAUUAUUUUAAUUGUAAUUUCAAAUUGAAAAUUGACAUAAAAUAUUGUUAAUCAAACAAUGAGACAUAAAUAACAGAAGUUUUGCUCAAACAGAAGCAGUAGCUUGGAAAUGUUAAGCAAACACUUGCUUAUGUGAAUAUCCCACACCUGCCAGAAAAUAAAUGUAUGCUGCAUUUGAGGCCUUAUUAUUGUAUUGUAGCAAGCUUAGUGUACCAUAGUGAACAAUACCUUGCCAACCAUGUUAGGAUCUUGAAUAAUAAUUAACAUUUUAAGCUGAAUGUCAACCCUUAUCCAGGACAGAUUCAGAUAUGUAACGGUAAAAUUUGUUAUUGUUAAUUUAUCCGAAUAUCGUGUAUCCUAAUGUGUUAGGCUGUAUAGUUAAAAGUGUGUUGAUCUCAUGAUUAACUUUUAAGAUUUUAUCGGAAUAAAAGCAAGCUUGUCUUUCCAGCCUCUUGGGAUUGAACCUGGAUCUUUGAAGCAGGCUUGUUUUUCCAGCUUUGUAUGAUUGAACCUGGAAGUAGGCUUCUCUUUCCAGUUUCUUUGGAUUUAAUCAUACUUGUAAAGUAUCUGAGCAGGCUUGUCUUUCCAGCUACUGGGGUUGUACUUGGGGUCUUUGAAGCAAGUUUAUCUUUCUGGCUUUUCAGGGUUGAUCCUGGGUUUCUGAAGCUGUAAACAAAGGGCUUUAUUUGUAAACAAAGCACCUUGCUCAAAAAUUUCCAUGGAACUGCUUGUGUGUUUUAAUGGAAAAAUAAUAGUAAUAUAAUAUAAGCAUGCACGACUUAUAAUUCCUAUAACUGGAGGCCAUGCGUAUGAGUGGGCAUGGAAUUAGGCAAGUACUGUACUCACUGACACCUUCCCAUGUGUAAAAUAUUACCUAAUAUGUAUUGGGAUUUAUUGUGGUAGCAUUGAGAUUGAAGAAUUGGAGUGGAGGUUAUGAAUAAUAUACUGUGUUGUCUUGGUUUGUUGCAGUGAUUGAUGGUUGUAACUUUGACUCAAGUUGCUAGCUGUAUAAGGCAUGUUAGAUUAUAAUUGUUGCACGUGACAGGGUUAAAAAUAGUGCUGUGUUGUAGGUAAUGGUUAUGCUGCAUGUUGUGGAUCCAAGAGAUUUCAUUGCUUUUCGCAAAAGCGCAUGCGAUUUUUUACAUAAGAAAUUUGUAUAGGGCUAUAGCAGGCAUCAUUGAUGAUGGUAACUUCUGCUGUUAAUGUUGAGGACAUCAAUAAAUCUUGUGAUUAAUGGGUACUGCAAGUGCUUUGGUAGGGUGAUUGUGGUGUCAUGCUGGGACAGGUUCUAUAGAUGAUACAUUGCAACAAAUGUUGCAUUUGCUAGGGACAGUAUUCUAUUGUGAAUAUCACAUUGUAAUGUACAGGGUUGUAAGCUGCCAUAGUAUUUAUGAUAGUACUGGCUAUAUAAUAAAUGUAAUCUAUCUACAAAUAAUUUGUGCUGUUGUACAAUAUUUUUUGACGUGACAUUUAUUGGGAAUUAUGAUGCUAAGCUUGACCUUGCUCUUAUCAAUGCAGAACUUAUUACGGUCUACAAAUUUAAACUCUGUCGAACUUAGUGAACUUGUAGUGAUGUAUACAUUGCAUUUUAAUGCUUUGAACAUUCUAUUUAGUAUUGCUGGAAUAUAUAUUUGAACUAUUUGAUAUUUAACACUUUAUUAAUACCAAAAUAAUGCAUCAUUGAACCCAUAAUUAAAGAAGCUGUAAGACACCUGUUCCAUAAUUUCCAAAAAUGGAAUGAAAUUUUAUUUCAUUUUGAGGGUCAACUUCAGGGUAUGCGAAGAUUCUUUGUGACAACUUAACUUAGAAUCUUAAGACAAUUCUCAAGACACAAGUUUCCUUAGUCUUAGGAUAAUUCUUAAAGACCUAAAACUUUAAAGAAAAGUCUUAAGCAAAUUCUUAACAGACAAGUUACUCUCUUUUUUUUUUCUCAUAAUUUUUGUUGAGUGGAAUUCGAGCAUGUCAAAAGCAUCGUCUGAGGCUGGGUUAGUGACGGCCAAGUAGCAGCUCUAAGUGAAGUAUAUGGAAAGAUAGUUCCAAUUGUGCUUAGCCCUGUGACACCCAUGUCUUGUGGGUUGUGGUUUACCUGCAUAAUCAUUGUACCGUAGCCAGCAUUGCAUGUAACCUAUUUAACUUACAGAAUGAAUAGCUUCUAUAUACAAUAAAAAUUAAACUACAGAAUUUAAAUUAAGAUAAUACUGUACAGUAUAUGCAUAAUAUAUAUAUAUAAUAAUUUUUCUGGGGAGCCCCUUGAGGCUCCCCUGAAGCCAUCUUGCUGAAAUGGCAUCCAACUGCUAGCUCAGAUCAGUCACAGAGUUGUGUUAGACUUACCAGGGGACCAAAGCCAGAACCUGCCCCCCCUCCCUUCACACAGGUGCACAGAGUGGGUGACACUGCUACUCAACCGGGAAAGCAUCCAGAAAGUCCACGAACCAACAUAGACCAUUUGUCAGGUUCAAAGAGACUGCUGCCUUGAAAUUACAAUACUUCCUAAACAAUGUAAACAAACUAUCGAAUCUCUCAAAACUAGUGCUAGCUCCAUCAGUAAUAACCCCUUGCCAAUAGGGGGGCAGGCCCAAAGGUCCAGGUCUCCCCAACCUACCAAGCCAGUUCUGUCACUGACAUGAAAACCAACAAUUGUCCACUGUGGGGUUCCUGGGGUCACCGACAAGUCGCAUGGGUCCUGCUGCUACUAAGCUAAGUGCCAACCAUCCUAGGACUCUGUCCUGCAGAAGCCAUUUGCUUGGUAUUAUUCUACAUUUAGUUUAACGCAAACCAGACAGAAACAUGCUCUUGAAGCUAUGUGAACCUGGUUUGUAAGGCACUUAGAGCAGCAUGUGCUCAUGGCUACCUUCCCUGUGUGCUUCCUAAUGCUGUUCCUCCAAUGACAGUUCUCUUUUCUGGUGUGCUCAAUAGCUUACAUUUUCAAGGCUAGACCACCUUCGAUGCAUCAGGGGUCUUUGCCCCCCCCCCUUUCUCCCCCUUGAAGGGGGGGGCCUCUAUCUAGACCCUUGGUUUGAGGCAAAUAUUUUGGCUGGUUGGAGUGCACUUAAAGCUCACUCGUAUUUUACACUGCAUGCCGAGGACAACCUUUGCAGCCCCAUUAAAGAGGCUGUGUUGGUCUACUUAUAUAAUUACGGGUGAGCAUCCCCAGUGCCUCAGUGUCCUGUUUGGUCAGUCCUUCAGUCCUUGGUGAUCCUUGUGGGUGUCAGUGUUGUUUAUGGAUAUUGCCUCCCAACCAGCUCACACCUUAUGUGAGUUGGAGGACUGUUCAGUGUUCAUUGUCUGUGCAACGGGGCGAUGAUAAUUCUUUCUGCCAUUGCAAUGCUGCCUGUUGGGCUGGUGACAUCCACAACUCUGAGGUGUGGGUGUAACGAGCGCAACAGCAAAUAUGGGACCUGGCCCCUCCAGUAUUUUUCAUGUGUAUAUUAUUUGAUACCUCAUUUGUCUCCUUUCUAGGGAGUACAUUUUGAGGGCUUUGAGAUGAUCCUGAUAGUUCAGGUGCUUUUUUGUCUAUGCCGUAUAUGUUCUCUGUAUUCCAUAAUGACAAAAUUUUAUUUAAAAAACUUAUUCUUGUUACUUUUUCAUUUUAAAAAACUCAUAUCCAUGCUGCAUACAUAAACUGACAAUAAAAUUAUAUAAAAAAAUCCUGUUGCUUUCAUUUAAAAAUACAAAACAUAAUUUUUUUUUUUCAUUUUUAUCUAUUUCAAUUGUUGACUAGCUGAAGAAAAAUUAAGUUUGACAACCAUUUCAAGAGUGGUGUGGAUUCUAAUGACUUUUAGAAGCAGUGUGUUAUGGCUCUGCUCUAUGUCUUCACUAGUAGAGCCAUACCGAGAUAACUUAUCAGGAUCUUUUCAUUAUGGCUCAUGACCAUGCCAAUUGCUAAAUACGGCUUUGAAGUGCUGAUCUAAUCUUUGUCUUUCUUUUAGCCAAUGUCGUAAUGUUAGUACCAGCUGGCUCCUCAUAUCUCGUGAAUUAAUUCCUUAUUUUGUGUCCAAGCAGUGUACUGACAUAAUAGUCUCAAGGCUGAAGAAUGUUUUAACACUUCUUGCAUGUGCUGAGCGAGGCUAUAGCACACUCUUCUCUUUCCACCCCCACCCCCCUAAGAUUUGGUGCAGCUUCUGUCAUUCAUGCACACUUGAAUGACGUGCGUUUUUUACCGUGUUUCGGGUAUUUUUGACCAGUUACUCUUUUUGAGCCACUCAGUGAUUGCCUGUUUGUUCCUGCUCUUUCCCAACAGGUGGGGAUUGAUGCAGCUGCAUGCCCUUGCCUUUUCUGUCAGCUGCCCUUGUGGCAGAUGAUGUGCAGGCUCACUCAUCCUUAACUAUGGAUGUGCAUUUUCUUGCCCUCAUUAAGCCCUUUUUUUUUUUUUGGCUCCAUGAGAACAUUUAUUUGCAUGGCUAGGAGUCUGGUGCAGGUGCCUAGUUGCCUGCCAUGGCUCUCCUAGAAAACCAGCAUUAGAUAUAAUGAAUUGCCUCUGUUUGGGUGGGUCCCAGUGGUUCCCUGAUCUCUCCCUUCCAGGUUGUUGGCUGGGUGUUGUCUACACACCUACUCCAGAAUUCCAGUGGAAGGCUGGAGGGAACUGAAAGCUCUGGAUCUCCUGUCUUCCCAAACUGGUAGGGGUGGGUAGUGUUAACUGGCCCUUGCUUUUGUAGAGAGAUUUGAUUGUUUGUUUACAUUGUUUAGGGAAUUUAUUUGGUGGUUUUGAGGCUUUGGUCGCUUUGGACCCAGCAGUGGUCUAUAUUGGUUCGUUAAUUUUCUGGAUGCACUUUGUGUGGUGGCAGAAUGUCACCUACUCUCCGCACCGAUGUGAAGGGGUCAGAUUGUCUCUGGUCGUUGUAGACCAAACAAAACCCCCACAGCUGGUGUGACCCAGUACUAGUACAGGUAGUUGGGAGCCAUCUCAGCAAUAUAUCUUCAGGGAGCCACAGGGACUUUCCCAGAAAGAGGCAUUUCAUUACAUUCAACACUUUUUUUUGGGGGGGGGGAGUUGUUGACAUGUAUUUAUUCAUGAUUAUAAAGAUAACUUGCUUAUAUACCAUUGCAACCACAUUAAAAAAGUAAACACGUACGCAGAUCAUGGGGUAAAUAUGUAAAAUCAUAAAUUAAUGAAUCUAUUUGCCAAUGUUUAACUCUCCACUACAGCCUAUUUGUUAAAUUUUCCAUGAAUAAUAGUUCAAACUGUUGCAUGUCAGUUAGUCAUAAUAUAUUUAUGAAUUGGAAUAAUUUCCUUGCCUUACUCAAGGCAGGUAAUAUUCCCAUUAUGACUCCUCGUGUUAAUGUGUUGUGCUAAAUGAAAAAAAAAAAGUUUAGCCAGUUUUCUGAUUUCUGUAUUAUUGCUGAGAAUUUUUUAAAUAUUAUAUAUACAGUAUUGUAUAUGAAACAAUAGUAAAGUUCUAAGUGUCAUGCUAUCUAAAUUUUUAAUUUCACAUUUGUUGACACAUGUAAACUUUCAUUUCAAUUUCAAAUUUUCAGUCAUAUUGAGCAUCCUAGCAGCAGUUACCUCAAUCCAGAACUACCUCUUGUUCAGUAAGUAGUAAGACAUUUGCAUGGAUGUGUAUACAUAUAUAUAUAUAUAUAUACUGUUUUUGCAGCACCAGAAAUCUUUCAGGCAGUAGAAUUUAAUAUUUUAUAUGGUAAAUAAUGUACAGUAUAUAUAUAUUUAUCCUCAUGAUUUAAAUAUCUUGGACAUAUUUUUGUAUUUCUGUAUAUUUGUUUUGAUUAAAAUUUAUUUUUCAAAAUACUGUACCUAAAUUCUCUGAAUCUAUUAAAAUCUAUAUGAUAGAAAUUAUUGAUUAAACUUUAAAAUUAAUGAAAUUGGAUCAAACGGGUUUAGCUUUUGAAUUAAAUGAAUAUCUGUAUGAUACACAAAGUGGGCAAAUCAUCAUGAAACGUAACAGAUCGUAGCAUAGCUCUGCUUCCCAUCUUCAACUACCUCCCUCUAAAAUUUUUGGAUUGAUAAAUUUAACAGUCAGAUAAUACAAUAAAAAAGUAUGACUGCCAAAAACAAACUUCUUGGGAGGGCUUUCUUUUUCUUGUAUUUGCUGCCUUGUAAGUGUUACAUGUGUAAUAUCACACCAUGCCCUUGCAAGUCAGAAUAUAACCUAAUGCAGACCAAAAACCAAAACCUGGUCCACUCACAGAGGCACAGGAAGCAGGGACACUUGAUCACCCAAAUGAAGAGAAUAGACUGCCAAAAAUGUAGGGCAAGUUGAAAUUAAAUGACUACAAGAAAAUAUUAGUAACACUGACAACAAUAAACAUGGUAGUUAGGUCAUUACCCCUGCUAGUUACACACCACCACUACCAGGUGGCAGCUCCAUUGAAAUUGAAGACCACCAAAUCAAAAUACCAGUCAUGUGCCUGGUGUGGACCCUUCCACAAGUGCUCUUCAUGUGGCCACCUUCUUUCAGGUCCCAGUUUCUCCAAAUAAGUGUUGGCCAUCGUUUGGACUUUGUCCUGCAUGGGCCUAUGUUUGUAUUUGUUAAAUUUUCAUAUCUGCUUCAUGAGUAUAUAGUUUUCAGCUUUCACAAUUCACUAGCUGCAUGUCUUAAAGGUUCACUUUCCUAAGCAUUUGCUGACAGUGCCCCUGCCUUGCCAGUAUUGCUUUCCUGGGGGGUUCGGGUGUCUGUUCUUUAGAGAUCGUCUUCCUGUUGAGGGGUCUUUCACUUUCUCUGUGUGGGUGGUCGCCAAGUGGAUUGCACUAAAAGAACAGGUUGUUGAAGUCAGUUCCAUCUACAACUUAAGAAAAUUAUGAUGAAAAUAUUAAUGUUGAGAGAGAUAAUUUGUAUGUCAGAUGUAAAGGGAGGCGAGGCAUAAAGAGCUAGUUUUCACUCCCCUUUUCGUCACCGAUAGGUAAGCACUCCUCUGUGAAAAUCGUGGGUAGGGGCAGACGGGUUUAUUAUUAUUUUGAGGUGUGCGAGGGUUAGCACUGGACCUGCAGUGCGCGCUACCUAUGCCUUCCUCAGCUGUCCCUAGCAUUUGCGAGGGCAAUCUUGCCAUGGUUGCCUUCUGGGCUUCAGGACCUCAUUUGGUAUUGGCGUCUUGACCUCAACGUGGUUUACAGAUGUCCCCUCCCCUUUCAUGGGCUUGGUUUCCUGUUUGCAGUCCCCAGACUGUUUUUUGGCUGUCUGAUUACCUUAUUCUUAGGGUUGACUUACCUUUUCCUACCCUGCCCUGCACUAGAAUAUGUUUGUUUGACUUUGCUCUCAUCCCUGGCUUCUUCCCUGUUCUACUUUGGUUUUGUUAUAUUCUGGUGUUGUUCUCCAAUCAGCAUUUUGGUGGCAUGGUUGCCUUGACUUGGUGCUGGAUUUUUGCACCCCAUUCUGUGGUUAGAGCUGUGACAGCUUUGCUCUGGUUCUUGUCCUCUUUCCCUCCUUUGGGUGGUGGUGGUUCUCUUUGGCUCAUAUGGCUUGAUGAUGAGCUGUCCUCACCCAUAUUUGGAUUUGGCUAGAUUCCUUUCCCUUGCAUCCACCUCUUCUUUUCCCCACUCCUGUUUUGUGUGGUGGCUGAAUCAGCAGUAUUUGUCUGCAGCUUCUCUGUUAUGGUAUGGUGCAGUUGGUUUUUGUCCUUGCUGCAUUGGGAGGCAGUCUUCCGGAGAUUUAGUCUCACCUUUUCCCUGGUUAUGGUAGGUGCAUCUGGUGGUGCCAGAUUUUUUGUGGUUCGUCCCUUUAUUUAACAAUGCUCUGGGGUGAAGUCUAGCCCAUUUCUCUGAUUUAUGGACUCACGAUGCUUGACCCUUCCAGGUGGUGUUUUGGAUCUGUGGUGUGGGCGGCUUUUGACCCUCCUCCCUUUUUGGUGUCAGCGGUCCUAGGCUUGUUGUCUCUCCUGCAGCUCUGUUCAAUCAUUUUGCGUUGGUUGGAUGCUGCAGUUAACACCCACUGAGGUCAAAUAGGUGUCCCAUUCUUGUCCUUAUUCUCAUGUGGGUCCUUUAUGAUCCUAAAGUUUAUUCCUAGCUUCUCAGGCUUGUUCCUUUAUUAUCUAUCUGACUUUUCAUGUGACCACCUUCCGUCUGGUCAACUUCUCUGGUUUGUUCUUUUCAACCUUAGGGUCUAUAAGGUGUGGGCUCCAUUGGCCCUUUGGCUGCUUCUAACUUGCUGAUUCCUCUUCAGGCUUUUCAGGGUAUGCUCCUCUGCACACAUCCUGUUCCAGGUUCUUUGGCUCUGGGUUGGGAUUUUGUGCUAAAUUCUCCUCUGGCUUCUCCAGGUGGCUGAUUGGUUCCUCUUCAUUGGGAGUUCAGUGAGCUCAUCACAAGGUUUGGCUGUGUGAGUACCUGUUCACACAGGUCCACACAGAGCCAGAGUCACCAAGGACUCUAUUCUUUAAAUGGGCCAUGGGAUGCUUUGAGUGAUGCAUUGUUUGUUGAUCUGGUUUCUUUAGUGCAGUGUUAGAAGGCCAGUUUGCCUCAGAUUGUAGCAGUCUUUAUUUUUAGCAGGCCUGUGGUCUACUCUCAGGCUCGUGACGUCCAUAGGUUAAUGGUUUUGUCCCGAGUCUUCUCUCAUGUCUCAGGCUCUUAUUUUGCUGGCUGCUUUUCUUCACCCCCUAGCAAGGCCUGUUCUUAUUUUGUUCUUUCUCUGUGGUUAAAUGGCAUCAGGGAGCAACCAAUGGAGCCUGUAUUGGUUGCAAUGUUGAAUGUAAAGAAAUGCCUCUUUCUGGCAAGUCCCUCGGUGGCUCUCUGUUCCUGCCCUUCCCCUUUCAGGGGCUUUGGUUGCUUUGGGAGGUGUAUGUCUGAUGUGUUGACAUUGGAGAUCCUCAAGCUCCCAGGGCUGCCACAUGGUUGCAGGUUGUGUAACUAACUAGCAGGGUUAAUGACCUAACAUUUUUUUUUUCAGUUUUAUUUUGGCUCACCAUAUCUUUCUGGUGAUCUCUUAUCUUGGUUUGGGUGGUCAAGUAUCCCUUGUUCUUUGCACCUCUCAGAGUGAGUCAGGUUUGGGCCUAAGGUCUGCUGUAGGUGAUAUUCUGACUCAUAAGGGUCUGGUGUGACAUGGUACAUAUAAAGCUUACCUUGCAGCAAGCACCAGGGGAGCUACCAAGGCCCCCAUCAGAAAGGGGCAUUGCAUUACAUUCAACAAUGGAUUUUUGUAAUAGUUUAUCAUAUGCAUUAUAUUCACAAGAAUACUUGGUUAUUUCAGUAAAUCAUAUUGUUGAAUUCUAAAGAAGAUAGCCACUUAAUAAUGCAUUAUUAUUUAGGUGUAAUGCAGAGAGUACACAAAUUACAAAAAACAAUAUACUAGGAAACUUGUUAAGGAACUAUUGUAUGGAUAAAUUUAACUACACAAAAGAAGGCAUGAAGUCAUUAAGUUUUGUUUAUCUAUGACUUGGUAGAUAAAACAUUUUAAAAUGUAAUAAUUUUUGUAUCUGUCCUUUCUAUCUGCUGUAUGUUAUGAAAUACAUGUGUGUAUCUAGAGUGUUUAAGCCACAACUGCAACACUUGCUGUGUAAUAGUGUGUGUCAAAUCACUGUACAGUACUGUUAUUGUGAAAAAUUACUGAUUUCAUGCAUUCUGGGGACUAUGUUCAUACUCAUGUUUUAAGGAAGAGGGAGGAAGCGGAGGUUAAGGGAGCUGUAUCUCCCGUAACCUACACACCUGUAAUAAAUGCUAUGGAGGGUAGAUCUUUAAGCUUAAGUUACAUAACAUUUGCCCUUAUUUUAUACCUUACUAAAUUUCCUGAGCAAAAUCAUGCACAGUAAUCUUCAUUUAUUCUGUAUGUUGUGCUAAAGGAUAGUGUUGAAACACUACACAUCAUGAUGUUCCGUAAAACAUCUUUAGGACUACAAGUAUAAAAAAAAUUCUUAUAAGCUUUUUGUUAUUUGGUAGAGUAAAUUUAUAUAAUAUUUA